AUGGCCCCAGCAUCUAAGAGGAGAAGGGUCUCCGAGGACGUUGAUGGAGAUAUUGAGAUGGGAAAUGAUAGUCACGACGUAUUCUCCAUCCCAUCAUCUCCCGAUCACCACAGAACUUCCCCCACGCCGGUGAAAAGUGCCUCACGGCGUCGAUCUACCCGCGAAGACAACCCAGACACCGAAACGACAGGUCAAGACGGGGAGGAGAAGAAAGAUGAGGCUCAAACCCCGGCAAGGGUGGGGAUACGAUCUAGUGGACGGCAGCGCAAAACACCAAAGAGAUACGAGGAAGAAGUCGUGACACCCUCAUCGAGGAGAAAACCAACAGCCACUCCUUCACGAAGUGCGCGUACCGCCCGAAGCGUGCAAAAGCCGCGACAAUCUCCGGUGGAAGACGAAGAUGAGCCUGACUUCGAAGAAGAGGAGGAGGAGGAGGAGGACGAUGAUGACGAUGAUGAUAUGGACCUCGAUGAGCCGUCCCCGGAACCCGCCCCUCGUACAGUCACAAGGACAAGAUCGAAGAGAAGCGUCGCGAAGCCCAGAUCUAAGAAAGCCGUGGCCGUAGAGCCGAAAGAGAAGUUGCCUUCGCCUGAGUAUCAUGACGGCCUGGAUGAUCUCGUUACGAUGCAACUGCAGCCAGAUCUGUAUCAUGAUCAGCCGGAGGUGCACGAGACUGUGGAUGUCUCCGAACCGUUGCCGGAAUAUGCUGAAAAGUUGCAAGUGCUCUGUCAAACAGGCCUUGGGGGUGAAAUGCGCGUUCUCUCGACCAUUCUUCUCGAAAAGCUGUCCGGGAAACGGCAGAUUCCAGUGCGAGGGCUCGAACCUGAAUACCAAAAAGUUUAUCAGCUCGUUGAACAGACCGUCUCCGUUGGCGAGGGUAACUCCAUGCUUCUUCUUGGAUCCAGAGGAUGCGGCAAGACCGCGAUUGUGGAAUCCAUUAUUUCGUCUCUUAGAAAGGAACAUACCAACGAUUUCCACGUCGUUCGUCUCAAUGGAUUCUUGCACACAGAUGACCGUCUCGCUUUGCGAGAGAUGUGGCGCCAACUUGGCCGCGAGAUGCAUACCGAGGAUGAUGCAGCCAAGGUCAGUUCUUAUGCGGAUACGAUGGCGACGCUCUUGGCUUUAUUGUCGCACCCAGAGGAGCUCUUCGGAGCUUCUGGGGACCCAGGAUCAAAGACUGCUGCGAAAUCCAUUGUCAUCUUGUUGGAUGAGUUUGACCUAUUCGUCACUCACCCACGACAGACCCUGUUAUAUAAUUUGUUUGACAUUGCUCAGGCCCGCAAAGCCCCCAUCGCGGUCAUUGGACUCACGACCAAGGUCGACGUAACUGAAAUGCUCGAGAAGCGUGUGAAGAGUCGAUUUAGUCAUCGCUAUACCUAUGUCCCUCUACCACGAUCCUUCGAGGCCUUUUCAGAUAUCUGCCUAGGGAGCCUGGAUCUCAGCGACGACGAAAUGGCUGACAUUGCAGAUGAACUUGGGACUGAACGCACUCUAGUAGAGUCAGACAAAUGGAAUACACUACUUGGGGGAUGGAAGGAAUAUUUGAAGCAUGUGUGGAAUGACAAGGAAUUCCAAUUCCACCUCAAGCGUAUCUACAACCAAUCCAAAUCAGCAAAGGAAUUUUUCAACAGCGCACUUCUCCCCAUUAGCGACCUACUACAAAGUGUAUCGAUCCCUGACACACCCAUACCUGAAAUCCCUACUCCGAAAAGCUUCGCUUCCCAAUCCCUCGAUUGUCCUGACCCAGCACCUCUCCCCUUCUCCACAUCCAUUACAUCAUCCAGUCCCUCCUCAUUGCCACUGGCUUUGCUAGUGGCCGCAACACGUUUGGCAGCCUUGUUCGAACCGGGAAACGAUGGUUCCCAGUCACAGACCAUGGCACCACUUGCACUUUCUUUUCCUGCUGCAUACGCAGAAUACGUUCGACUCCUGACCUCCGCAAAGAUAUCUGCCUCGGUGUCUGGAGCUGCUGCCACACCUGGCCGUGUCUGGGGCCGAGAUGUGGCGCGAGAGUCCUGGGAAAAGCUACUCAGCUGGGGACUUGUGACUCCUGUUGGUAGUGGGAACGGCACUGCUGAUGGACAGAUGUUCCGUGUGGAAAUCAGUUUCGAGGAGGUCAUUGAAAUGGCGGGCUCCGGUGGUGCUUUGGGCCAGUGGUGGCGCGAAUAG